ACGGUUUAUGGUUUGAACGCGCGCGCGAGAGAGAGACCAGCGGCGGGACCGUGACGAGUCCCUCACCCAUCCCCCCACAUCCCCACCCCAAUGCUGGCCUCCCCGGCGGCGGCGGCGGGCGGCCGCAAACACCGGGUGUGCAUGGUGUCGGACUUCUUCUACCCGAACAUGGGCGGGGUGGAGAGCCACAUCUACCAGCUGUCGCAGUGCCUGAUCGAGCGGGGCCACAAGGUGAUCGUGCUGAGCCACGCGUACGGCGCCCGCCGCGGGGUCCGCUACCUCAGCCACGGCCUCAAGGUCUACUACCUGCCGCUGCGGGUCAUGUACAACCAGUCGACGGCCAGCACGCUCUUCCACAGCCUGCCGCUGGUGCGCUGGGUGCUGGUGCGCGAGCGCGUCGCGCUGGUGCACGCGCACAGCUCCUUCUCGGCGCUCGCGCACGACGCGCUCUUCCACGCGCGCGCGCUGGGCCUGCGCACCGUCUUCACGGACCACUCGCUGUUCGGCUUCGCUGACGUCAGCUCGGUGCUGACCAAUAAGCUGCUGACCGUGUCGCUGUGCGACGCCAACCACGUGGUGUGCGUCUCCUACACCAGCAAGGAGAACACCGUGCUGCGGGCCGCGCUCAGCCCCGACGCCGUCUCCGUCAUCCCGAACGCCGUCGACCCGACCGAGUUCACCCCGGAGCCCGGCCGACCGCAGCCCGGCGCCCUCACCGUGGUGGUGGUCAGCCGCCUGGUCUACAGGAAAGGAAUUGAUUUGCUUGCUGGCAUUAUUCCUGAAUUGUGCGUGAAGUAUCCCGAUUUGCAUUUUCUCAUUGGUGGUGAGGGACCUAAACGAAUUGUAUUGGAAGAAGUGCGGGAAAAAUACCAACUUCAUGAGAGGGUACGUCUUUUAGGUGCCCUUGAGCAUAAAGAUGUGAGAAAUGUUUUGGUGCAAGGUCACAUUUUCCUCAACACUUCUCUGACUGAGGCCUUUUGUAUGGCAAUAGUUGAGGGAGCAAGUUGUGGUCUCCAGGUUGUCAGUACCAGAGUUGGAGGAGUGCCAGAGGUUCUACCUGAAGACCUUAUCAUUUUGUGUGAGCCCACUGUUAAGUCUCUGUGCGAAGGAUUGGAAGCAGCCAUUAUUAAGUACUACCAAGGGGUCGUGCCACCAGCUGAAGCAAUCCACAACAGAGUGAAGAAUUUGUACACAUGGAGAAAUGUGGCUGAACGCACUGAAAAGGUUUAUGACCGUGUGGCCAAAGAAAGGAUACUGUCGAUGAACGAGCGACUGUACAGAUUGAUGACCCACUGUGGUCCUGUGGCUGGUUGCAUUUUUGCUUUAGUUGCUGUUUUGGACUUUCUUUUCUUGUUGCUUUUGAAAUAUAUAGUUCCGGAUGCUAUGAUUGACAUUGCUGUAGAUGCCACAGGUGUAAAUGGAGCUUGGAAGCAACAAGAGCGACAUUCAACUGUUGAGAAGAUUAGAAAAACUCCACCUUUCUCUGAAAGGAGUGACUGCAAUAUACAAACCUGAUGCUUUGAUUUAUAGCUGCUUUUGGACUCAUGAUUUAAAUCCUUUGGGAUUAUCAAGGUUUUCUGUUUUGAAUGACCGGGUGACUUCAUCUGAUCAUUUUGCUACCUUCUUGAGUAGCCACUAUGAACUUCAACUGCAUAAAAAAAGGGAUUAAUAUGCAUAAAAUCGUAAUUAUAACAGUUAAACAGGUAUGUUCAUGAUGUUGGAAUCAUAAUUUCUGCUUCCCCAACAGCUUAAACUUUGGUCAGUUGAGUUGCUUUUUCUUAAAGAUUCAAACUAGGUAAUAAAUCUAAUUAUAAAUGGUGGUGAACAAUCGAACAGAAUUAGAGAAGGAGGGCUACAUGAAAGGCUCAAUUUUCAGUGAUAAGAGUGGACAGUCAGUGGGCAAUUGAGGGGCAGAUAUUUGCUGGGGGAUAUAAAAAUAAUCAGUUAUUAGGGAAUUUGGACUACAUAUUAAUUGGGGUAAUCAUAGUGUAAAGGGUUUAGAGGGGAUAGAUUUCUUGAAAGGUAUACAGAAAAGUCUUUUGUAUCAGCAUGUAGAUGAUCCUGUAAGGGAUGGAGGAAUGCUGGAUUUAAUUUUGGGGGAUGAUGCUGCAUAGUGAUAGUGACCACAGCACCAUUUAUAAUGAGAUCUAUUAUCUUGUUUGAAUCUUUUCAUAAAUUUGUUAUGGAAAAUGUAAAAGGAUGGUCUGCAAAAAAGGGGCUUUGGUUUGGGGAGAGGGCAGAUUUUAUCAAAGUAAGGCAGGAUCUUACCAAAAUAGAUAGGGAGCUUGAGAUUAUAACUACAGUAGAACAGUGGGAGGCAUCCAACACGGUAUUGAGAGCAUAUAGGCAUGGUCCCUUCAGGGUAAAAUGUAGGAGCAGCAUAUCCAGAGAGCCCUGCAUGUUUCAGAAUAUUCAGGACUAAAGAAAAGGAAGUGAGGCAUAACAGGUACUGAGGGAGCAAACAAACAUGCCAUAGGGACAGAAGUAGGCCAUUCAGAUCCUGAAGUCUGCUGCACCAUUCAAUAAGUUCAUGGCUGAUCUGACAUUCCACAUGUCCACCAUGAGGGGAAGCAUUCUCUCAAUUUACGUCAAGUCCCUUAAGAAUUGUAUAUAUUUCAAUGUGAUCACUGCUCAUUCUUCUAAAUUCCAACGAGUAGAGCUCCAACCUGUUUAUCUUGCUCGUAAAAUAAUCCCUCCAUUCUGGUUUUCACCCUAAUGAACCUUAAUAUCUUUCCUUAAAUAAGGGGAGCAAAACUGCUGUCAGCACACCACACGUGGCCUCAUCUGCACCUUGUACAUUUGCAGUAAGACUUCCCUGCUCUUAUACUCUCAAUUCUUUUUGAAAUGGGAGCCAACAUUCCAUUAACCUUCCUAACUGUCUGCUAAAGCUAUGUGCUAGCUUUGUUUCUACAGAAGUACCCCAAGUCCCUCUUGUCUUGCAGCGUGUUGCUGUUUUUCUCAAUUUAAAUAAAUUUUGUUCUCUUCCACAAAUGAACAAUUUCAUAUUUUCCUACAUUGCUAAGUUUUGCUCACUUAAUCUUUAUCGUCUCCUUACAGACUGUGUCCCUUUCACAACUUGCCUUUCUACCUAUUUUUGUGUUGUCUGCAAAUUUUAAUGCAGUACAUUAGCUUCCUUCCCUCAAGUCAUUAAUAUGUAUUGGAAUCAUUAACUCAUAUUGCCCUGUAGGAGUUUAGAAAGUGCAGGGAGGGAUCUUAAAGCAGUUAGGAGAGCAAAAAUCACUGCGGGCAAGAUUAAGGAGAAUCCCAAGCUAUUCUACAAGUCUAUCAAGGGGAAGAGAAUAACCUGGGAAAGAGUAGAGCCUGUUAGGGACAAUGGACAAGUCUGCUUGGAGCACAAGAAUUUUGGUGAAGUAUUAAAUGAGUACUUUGUUUUUACUUAGCAGGUGGAGAAUGUAGGUACAGAAUUUAAUAUGACAAAAGUUUCUUGAGCAGUUUGAUAUAGGAAGUAAGGUGGUAUUGGAGGCUUUUGCGGGUUUAAAAGUGGACAGAUCCCCGGACAGGAAGAGUUGUAUCCCAGGCUGCUGUGGGAGAUGAGGGAGGGGAUGUCGAGCCCUGACCUAAACUGUUAAUUCCCCAGUGGCCACAGUGGAGGUACCAGACUACUGGAGGACACCUAAUGAGAUUCCUUUUCAAGAAGGGUGGUAGAGAGAGACAUAGUGCAGAUCAAUGAAAACAAUUCUGGUUGAAUUUUUCGUGGAGGUGAUUAAGGUUGUGGGUUGUGCUGUUGACGUAGUUCAUAUGGAUUUCAGUAAGGCCUAGAACAUGUGGGAGACAGCGAAAAUCAAAAACUUGUGGGUUCCAGGCUAAUGUGACAAAUACAGUAUUUAAUACAUAAAGGGGCAUGGGGGGCAGGCUGGAUAGAAAGCAGCUGUUCUUCUUUCUUAAAAAAAAUUAAUAACAUUUAGAGGGGGUUUAAGAAAAAGUAUUUUCAUCCAGAAGGUGGUAAGAGUCUGGAAUGCGCUGCCUGGCAGGGUAGUUGAGACAGGUAACCUCAAACUUUUAAAAAGUACUUUGAACAUUUUGAGGUAUAACACUCAAAGCUAGGAGUCUCUUCAGUACUAUAUGAUUCUGUAAAUCCAAUCCAGUCCAUUAUGCUCAGAUAUCAGUAAAUUUGAUCUAGUGUCCUCAAUCACCUUAUUGUACAGCUCUAAUUCAAAGAAUCCUUAGUGUGGAAACAGGCCAUUUGGCCCAGCAAGUCCACACUGACCCUCUGAAAUGUAUCCAGACCCAUUCCCCUACCCUAUUAUUUUACAUUUCCCCUGACUUAAUAUGUCUAACCUACACAUCCCUGAAAACUAUGGACAAUUUAUCAAGGCCAGUUCUCCUGACCUGCACAUCUUUGGACUGUGGAAGGAAACCGGAGCACCUGAAGGAAACCCACGCAGAUGCAGGCAGAAUGUGCAAACUUCACAGUCACCUAAGGCUGAAAUCAAACAGAGGUCCCUAACACUGUGAAGCAGCAGUGCUAACCAUUGAGUCACCGUGCCACCCUUAAUUUAUCUCUAACCUGCUUGCUGUGCUCAGUUUUUCCAGAUCUCAACAUUAUUGGCUCACGUAGUGGGCAAAAGAACUAACUAGAGUUGAGGUGAGAGAGAUAUUGCCCUUGACGUCAAGGUAGUUUCUCAGUGUAUCACCUCAAGAAGCUCCAGUGAAACUGAUGAUGAGAAUAGUGGGGGAGGUGGAGGUGACGUUUUCCCACUGGUUGGAAUCAUACCUAGCACAAUUGAAGGUAAUUGUGUUUGUGAGAAGUCAAUCAUCUCGGUCCUGGGACAUGACUGCAGGAGUUCAUCAAGGUAAUGUCUGAAGUCUAAUCCUGUUCAGCUGUUUUAGCAAAUGACCUGUUCUGUCAUUGGAGAACAUGAGGACUCCGGAUGCUAGAGAGUCAGAGUUCGUGGUUUGUGGUGCUGGGAAAAGCACAGCAGGUCAGGCAGCACCCGAGAAGCAAGACAUUUGAUGUUUCGGGCAUAACCCUUCUUCAGGUUUGUCAUAAGACCAAAUUCUGGAUGUUUAUGCCGUGUUCCAUUUGCAAUUGCAACUUUUAAACAAAAAGUUUAGUUCUUUCACCAGAUGUCGGGUGCUGGCAGGUGGGACUAGAUUGGGUUGGGAUAUCUGGUCGGCAUGGACGGGUUGGAUCGAAGGGUUUGUUUCCAUGCUGUACAUCUCUGUGACUGUGAGUGUUGUUGGCUCGACCAAUAUUUAUUGCCCGUUUCAAUUGCUUUUAGGAAGGUGGUGGUGAACUACCUUGAACUGUUGUAGUCCGUUGGGCAGAGGAACACCAUUAUGCUAUUAGGAAACGAAUUCCAGGACAUUGACUCAACAGCAGUAAAGAAAAGAUGGUAUUUCCAAGUUACAAUGGUGUGUGGAGUGGAGGGGUUGUCAUAUGGGUGGUUGUGUUCCAAUUGAUUGGUUACCUUUGUCCUUCUACGUGAUAGAAAAUGCUGUCAGAGAGUUGGCAUAUCUUUCAGAUGGUGGACAUUGCACAAUGCAUAGCAACAGCAAUCAAGUGGCCUGCUUUGUCCUUGAUGGUGUCAAGCUUCUUGAGUGAUUUUGGAGCUGCAGUUUUCCAGGCAAAUAGCAUAACCCAUCACAGUCCUGACUUUGCCUGGUUGAUGGUGGUCAGGCUUUGACGUACCAGAAGCAAUAUGAAACAAAAGUCCACACCUGCACAAGACCUUUAAGGCUUAAGGCUUAAAUCUGCCCUCUCCCCAAACCAAAGCCCCUUUUUUGCAGACCAUCCUUUUACAUUUUCCAUAACAAAUUUAAGAAAAGAUUCAAACAAGAUAAUAGAUUUCAUUUAUAAAUGGUGCUGUGGUCACUAUCACUAAAAAGCUUUAAGGCUUUGGUUGAUAAAUGCUAAGUAACAUGAUGACAAUGGCCAUCCUUUCUUCAGUGUUGCUGGGUCAAAGUAAUGGAACUCUCUUAUUGGAAUUAUGCAUCUGUCUAAACCAGGUAGACUGCAGUUGUUCACAAAGGUAGUUCACUGCUACUUUCUCAGUGGCAAGUAGGAUGGGCAAUAAAUGGUGGCCUAGCCAGUGAUUCCCAGAACCCUUUUUUUUGUAGAUUGAAUUGAAAUGUUGCCAUGAUGACUUAAAGUAUCAAAAGUUACCUCCUUCUAUCUGACAAAUGGUGUUACCUGGGUAAGAUCUUUCCUUUGUGUUUAUUAAAUGUUUUGUUUACCCCAUCAUGCCAGGAGCAGUAGCAACAUGGAUGUAAAAUUGGCAGACCAGCAGGAAACUGGGUAAUCAUCAAUGGAAAUGUUUCAGGCAGGGAAUAUGAGUGAGUUUCCUAGGUGUCAGUGUUGAGACCCUUGAUUUUCCUUAUACAUAUUACUGAUCUGGGCUUUAUUGGGCACAGUUUCAGUGUCUGAGCUGGCAACCCAGAAGAAUUGCAAACUCUGAUAGUGUCAAACUACAAAAGGACAUGGAGGUUAUGGAGUUAGCAAAGGUACUUCACUGUGCAGAAGUGAUAUAUUUUGGCAAGUAGGAUGUUGGCUGAAAAUGUGUUGCUGGUUAACGCGCAGCAGGU